UUCCCUAUUUUAAAAUAAAUUUUGGUGGCGACUCCAUUGAAUUCGAUGAAAACUCGAAAUUUUAGGCCGCGACAAGGCCAAAUUAGUGGCCAAGAGAUACACCCAACUUGAAGGUGUGGAUUUCUUUGACACAUUUUCACGUGUUGCCAAAUUAACAACUAUAAGAACUCUUCUUGCCUUUGCUUCUAUUAAAAAUUGAUUUUAGAACAAGUUGAUGUAAACAAUGCUUUUCUACAUGGUGACUUGCAUGAGGAAAUUUAUAUGACUAUACCUUCGAGUUAUAAAAUUCCUUAUGACAGUAAUGGAACUACCAAGGUAUGCAAGCUUCAUAAAUCAAUUUAUGGCCUUAAACAAGCUAGCAGACAAUGGUUUUGCAGAUUAUGAUUGGGAUACAUGUCCAAGCACUAGGAAGCUUGUCACAUGCUAUGUUGUCUUCUUAGGCUCAUCUUUAAUCUCUUGGAAAUCAAAGAAACAGUCCACUAUUUCGUGGUCCAAUUCUAAUGCUGAAUAUCGUGCCUUGUCCAACCUAACCUGUGAAAUAAAAAGUGUUGCACUACCUCUUCAAAGACAUUCACAUUACUUUUAGCAAACCAACAUUUGUUUACUGUGACAAGCCGUCAGCAAUUUACUUGACUCACAACCCAAUAUUUCAUGAACGAACCAAACAUAUAGAAAUUGAUUGUCAUAUCGUUCGUGAGAAAACUGAUAUUGACCUCAUAAAGUUGUUCCCUAAAUCGUCUGCUGCUCAAACGAAGCCUCUGCUGAAACCAGCUUUCAUGCAACUACUGUCCAAAUUUGGUCUAUUUGAUGUGCAUCGUCCAACUUGUGGGAGAGUAUUAAAUAUAAGUUAGUCUUAGUUUAUCUGAACUAAUAACUGAAUUCAGUUUAAGUUGUUUUGUAAAGUCUGUUAGUUUUUGUUCCAUUUGUAUAUAUAUAUAAGACUUGAGUCAUAUUUCCAA